AUGUCCAAGACCGGACAGCGCACCAAACAAGCCUCUCCGCACCCCUACCUCUCUGGCAACUUUGCGCCCCUCUCUACGACAUGGAGUCCAACGCCCGUCACCUGGACCGGCGAGAUACCUGAGGAGCUCUAUGGCGGCAUGUAUGUGAGGAAUGGAGGCAAUCCUGUUACCAAUGACGACCUGGGGCGCGAAGCUCACUGGUUCGAUGGCGAUGGCAUGCUCUCGGGCGUCUGGUUCGAUCGUUCGAGCUCGAAUUCACGACAACCAAUCGUCAAGUUCGUCAAUCAAUUCAUCCUCACCGACGUCUACCUCUCCGCCAAAGAGAACCGAUCUCUACAUACACCCAUCGUACCCAGCAUCUCCACGCUCGUCAAUCCAGCAUCUAGUCUAUUCCUCAUCCUUUGGAGAAUUAUACGCACCUUCUUCCUCGUCCUGCUCUCCCACCUUCCCGGCUCACCUUUGGCCAUCAAGCGGAUUAGUGUCGCAAACACCAGCAUCAUCUUCCAUGAUGGACGGGCACUGGCCUCGUGUGAGAGUGGUCCACCUAUCCGAGUCACAUUGCCUGAUCUCGAGACUGUUGGAUGGUUUAACGGAGAGGCAGCCGAAGGAGAACCGACAACCAGUGCAGACGCGAAGGCCAAGAACGCAUCGCCGUCUGAUAGAUUCGGUGGCUCGGGUCUCCUUAGCUGGAUGGGCGAGUGGACAACUGGACACCCCAAGGUCGAUCAUGUCACCAAUGAAAUGGUCUUGUUCCACUGCGAUUUUGCACCGCCCUAUGUACACUAUUCUCUGGUCCCCUCCAAGGCUAGACAAAACGCUGUGGAUAAUCAAGCGUGCAUUUUCAACGCCCCCGUGCCUGGAUGCUCUGGCGGGAAACUCAUGCAUGACUUUGGUGUAUCACGACAACACACCAUCAUCCUCGACUUACCACUGUCCCUCACUCCCCUGAACCUACUCAUGAACAAACCUAUCGUCUGCUACGAACCUGAAAAGGCUGCCCGAUUCGGCGUCUUCCCAAGACGAAAUCCCGAAUUGGUGCGGUGGUUCGAGACCGACGGUUGCUGUAUAUUCCAUACAGCAAACACAUGGGACGAGCUAGAAUCCAAUGGUGUCGCAGCUGUCAACAUGCUGGCCUGUCGUUUGACUUCUGCUUCCAUGGUAUUUAGUGCUGGUAAUAUCGAACCACCACCACACCCGGCGUCUAAAGACUUGUCACGCCGGAAACCCAUGUCUUUCUUUGCCAAAUACGAUGCGGAAGACGAAGAAACGCUGGAUCCCGAAAAGCAGAUUUCAGACGAAACAACCCCAUUACUCGCGCCAGACGAGCCUUCCAAUUCCGCGAGUGCACCCCCGACCAUACCCAUGUCGUACGAUGAGCAGGAGCAAUGUCGAUUGUACUACUACCGCUUUGCAUUGAAUAGUACAAGCUCCAAUAUGAUUACACAUCAAUUCGCGCUCUCGGCAAUCCCGUUUGAAUUUCCCACAGUAUCGCCUCUUACCGAAAUGGAGUCUGCACGAUACAUUUACGGCUGCAGCACAUCGGUUGAAUCAUUCGGCGCUGCAUUGGGGAAAGCUACGAAGAUCGAUGUGCUUGUCAAAAUGGAUGUGAAGACACUUCUAGCACAGGCUGCCAAGAUACAACCGACUGCUGUCACGGGGUGUGUCGACAGUCGCACCAUGAAUCAGAUUCUAGACUCGAAAGAUUCCAAGGACCCUAUCAAGGCUUUCCGACUUCCUCCGCGCCAUUAUGCCCAGGAAGCCAGGUUCAUCCCAAAGAGAGCUUCCAAUGAACUCUCUCCAGGCCAGGUUGAAGCACGUGAAGACAGUGGUUUCCUACUCUUCUACGUCUUUGACGAGAGUCAGCUGGACGAAGCGGGGCAAUGUAAACCUGAUGCGAAGAGCGAACUAUGGGUCUUGGACGCCAGCACGAUGGAGAGAGUGGUGUGUAGAGUUAAGCUGCCGACAAGGAUACCGUAUGGCCUACACGGCAAUUGGUUCACAGAGGAGGAGAUACAGCAUCAACGCCAAGUCACAACAUUGAGAUCGUCGCUGAAAGACGUUGCCAGCCAAGACAGCAGGUUGAAUCGGCUGAGGCGGAGUCUGAACAGUUAUCUGGGUUGA